AUGGGAUUUACGGGACCGAGAUUUACUUGGAAAAGGGGAAGGGAGGAGAGAUACUUUGUGGCAAAACGUUUAGACAGGAUUCUCUGCAAUGCCCAAGCAAGACUACGGUGGCAGGGAGCAAUAGUCAAACAUCUACCGUACUUGUCUUCAGAUCACACGCCGCUAUAUCUUCAGCUUGAACCUGGAGAUACAGGGGACCCACGAAGACGUCCAUUCCGGUUUGAGGCGGCAUGGCUUAAGCACUCUGGGUUCAAGGAGCUACUACUUAACUCCUGGAAUGGAGCGCUUGCAACACCAAAUGCAUUGGAAGACCUGAAAGUCAAACUCAGGAAAUGGAACAAAGAAGUUUUCGGCGAUAUUCAGACACGGAAGGAGAAGCUCCUCACGGAGAUCAAAGCGAUCCAGGCUCUACUAGAGUCCACACAGACAGAUGCUCUAUUACAGAGGGAGGGAGAGCUACUCAGAGAGUUUUACAUAGUACUUGAGCAAGAGGAGGUCCUCUGGUAUCAGAAAUCUCGUGAGAAAGGGAUUACCUUAGGUGACCGGAAUACAAAGUAUUAUCAUCUAACGACAGUGGUGCGGCGACGGAGGAACAAGAUUGAGUCCUUAAAGGAUGAUGAGGGGCACUUAGUAACACAGCCACGAGAACUAGAGAAGCUAGCUACGGAUUACUAUCGCAAGUUGUACUCACUGGAUGACGUGGAUGCAGUGGUGGAACGUUUAAACCCGGAUGGUUUUAUGCGUCUAACAUGGGCAGAGCGGAACGAGCUGAAUAAAGCUUUCUCAGCGAGAGAUGUGGAGAGCUCAAUUCGAAGUAUGAGAGGUUUUAAAGCUCCAGGACCCGAUGGAUACCAGCCGGUCUUUUACCAGGAUAGCUGGGAUGUAGUGGGAGAAUCAGUGGCUCGGUUUGCGUUGGAGUUCUUUAGAACCGGGGUCUUGCCACCAGGAACGAACGAUGCCAUAGUUGUUCUUAUUGCCAAGGUAAUGAAGCCAGAGAAGAUCACGCAAUUCAGACCCAUCAGCCUCUGCAAUGUCUUAUUCAAGACUAUUACGAAGAUGAUGGUGAUGCGGCUUAAACGGAUCAUGCCAAAGCUCAUCGGUCCGGCUCAAUCAAGUUUCAUCCCAGGGAGGUUGAGUACAGACAACAUUGUACUCGUGCAAGAGGCAAUGGGACUUUUUGGAGGAUACUUUGAAAGCGUCGAGGCUCCCGGAGAGUUGGGUAACAUGGAUAAUGCAUGUGUUACAGGGCCAGCUAUGACGAUCCUGUGGAAUGGAGAGCAAACAGAACCAUUUGCGCCUAGGAGAGGGCUGAGGCAAGGAGACCCCCUGUCCCCAUACUUAUUCGUCUUAUGCCUGGAACGCUUGUGCCACCUAAUAGAGGAAGCCAUUGAUCUCAAGAAGUGGAAACCUAUUCAACUGUCUCGUGGGGGACCGAAGAUAUCUCACGUGUGCUUUGCAUAUGACCUCAUCCUAUUUGCGGAAGCCUCAGUUACUCAGGUACAAGUCAUCCGUCAGGUGCUUGAGAAGUUUUGCGUCGCAUCUGGUCAGAAGGUGAGCCUCGAGAAGUCUAAAAUCUUCUUCUCGGAGAAUGUGAGUAGGGAGUUGGGGAAACUAAUAAGUGAUGAGAGCGGGAUUUGA